AUGAGACUCCGCGACAUUCGCCUCUCCACUGGGCCCCUGACUCUGAUUGUGGCAUGGGUUCUAGGGGCCUCAGCGACACCCACAACCCCUGGCCAAAGGCUGAGGGCAAGUCGGACAAUGGAACCAUGUGCCGCAGUGAGCGCUUCUUGGGCUGAGCAGAUUGCUGCCGAUCCUGCAUCCUUGCCCGUGGUCCCAGCCAAGAUAGCUCAUAGCUGUCUCCAGUCUGUUCCUCUUGGUCAGCAGGCUGCGCUAGAUUACCUUGACUCUAUCGCACCUUAUCUUGACUGGCAGACCGAUCCGACGUACAAGGCAAACCCGCCACCGGAUUACUUCUUUCCUCCUCAUGACUACUAUGCGGCAAUGGAAAAAGUACGACAGAAGGUUGCCACAGGACAGUAUGACAGCGAAUAUUCUUUCCAGGACGACUUCUACAGGAGCGUCUUUGGCCCUGCUCAUGACUCUCACAUGGUCGUAUACCCAGAUGCCCUAAGUCGAGCUUUUCAGUGGCAACGACAGCGCUCUCUGGUAUCCAUUAGCGAGGAUGGCACCUCGUUGCCGGUAAUCAAGUUUUACGAGGAUGUAAUCGCAUCACCGUCGACUGCUCCUACAGUCACAAAGAUAAACGACCAGGACCCAGUCAAGUACCUCGAGGACACCAUCUACCAAGUGACAUGGGCCCGCGACCCAGACGCUGCUUACAACAGCAUGUUUUAUUCGGCUGCUUACUCUGCAGCCGGUCUCAGCUCAGGUUACUUUGCAGGCAGUGGCCGGCUCCGAUACGUUUACCAAGGCCCGCAGACUUCCCUCACGUUCGACAACGGAACCAAAGUGACCUUUGAAAACCAGGCGUUGGUCAAGGGUAACAUGACGGGAGUAGUUGAUGGUCCCAGCUUUUACAAAACGUUCUGCUCCCCACGGGCAACCGACGACUCGUCCGUCGAGACCCAGCUUGUGAGCGACAGUUCACAAGCCGCCAGUGCCGACCAGCCAGUAGGCGACGAUUACCCUAAGCCUGUACGGGCCUCCGCCGAUGGGGUGAUCUCUGGGUACUAUCUUGAAGGGAAUGGUCUUGAUGAUGUUGCCGUGCUGUCAGUGCUCAACUUUGAUCCCGACACAUCAGCAGAGUUCCAAUCUGUUAUGGACGACUUUUUCAAAAGCGCAAAGGCAGCCGGCAAAAAGAAGCUCAUCAUCGACUUGCAGGCCAACGCCGGCGGCUUCGCCAUCCUGGGGUACGAGGUAUUUGGCCAGCUCUUCCCGCAGCAGAAGCCACAGGACAACGGCCGCUGGCGAAAAAAUCCAGGCUUCGACGCCAUUGCACGCUCCUAUUCGGAGGCCGUCGCAGGAGUGGAUCUGGCGACCACACCCAGCGACGACAUUGUUGUGGCUGCUGAAACGUGGUUCAACUGGAGGCAUGACCUCAACACAUCCAACUUGAAUUUCCAAUCUUUCGAAGAUAAGUUUACGGCCCAAAUCUUCGCCGACACGCCCUAUACGUCUCUUAUGCGGUGGAAUCUUUCGGACCCUCUGGAGGCCAGCAACGCAACUUUUGGCCUCGGGAUCGAGUUCAGCGGCUAUGGAACCCGGGCCAACAUGGAGCCGCCCUUUGCGCCGGAGAACAUCGUCAUGCUCCACGACGGCACCUGCAUGUCUACGUGCUCUACAUUAGCCGAGGUCCUGCGUACCCAGGGCGGCGUCAAGUCAAUCGCCAUCGGCGGCCGGCCCAUCAAGGGUGACAUGCAGGCUAUCGGCGGCGUCUCAGCCCCACAGGCUAUCGUGUUCUUUGACAUUCACUUCUAUGCCCAGCUCGCACUCAAGUUCAAAGUAUCCGAUUCGGAUCGCGCUGCUCUGGAAAGAUACACCCCACUCGCCUUCAAUCGCAGCACGGACGGCGUCGUCAAUGGCAAGGACGCCAUUCUCCCCGAGCACAUCGACGACGGUCUGCCGAGCCAGUAUGUCUACCGCGCUGCUGACUGUCGGCUGUUCUACACGCAAGAGAUGGUUAACGAUGUUUCUGCCGUUUGGAGGGCAGCCGCCUCGGCGGCUUUCAAUGGUGGGAAAUGCGUGGCAGGCGGUCUGUAA